CGGGCUGUUUGGCAGAGGGCGUCGGGGCUAGGGCAGAAGACAGGGGCAGCGGGUGGGGCCCGGGUCGCAGCCGCCCCCGGGACUAGACUCAGUGCGGGUCCCUCAAUGAUGCCCGAGGGCCAGGGGGCGCCUGCCUCUCCCCAGGCGUUUCGGAGCAGCCCGGACAGGGGCUCGUCGGGACACGCAGCCUGCCCGCCGCCCCAGCUCCCGGCCCCGGGGCCCCCGGAGUCCCCGGAGUCCCCGGCCCCUCGUCGGGGCGCCAUCCGCGCCAGCUUCCCGCAGAAGCUGGCGGAGGCGCUGAGCAGCCAGUAUGGGCUGAACGUGUUCGUGGCGGGGCUGCUGUUCCUGCUGGCCUGGGCCGUGCACGCCUCGGGCGUGGGCAAGAGCGACCUGCUGUGCUUCCUCACGGCGCUCAUGCUGCUGCAGCUGCUCUGGAUGCUGUGGUACGUGGGCCGCAGCUCCGCGCACCGCCGCCUCAAGGACACGCACGCCGGCGCGCGCUGGCUCCGCGGUAGUAUCACGUUGUUUGCAGUCAUUACCGUCAUCCUGGGAUGCCUUAAAAUUGGGUACUUCGUUGGAUUUUCUGAAUGUUUAUCAGCCACAGAAGGAGUUUUCCCUGUUACCCAUGCGGUACAUACUCUGUUGCAGGUGUACUUUCUUUGGGGGCACGCAAAGGAUAUCAUCCAGUCUUUCAAAACACUGGAAAGGUUUGGGGUGAUCCACUCAGUGUUCACCAACCUGCUUCUUUGGGCGAACAGCAUCCUGAAUGAGUCAAAGCACCAACUUAACGAGCACAAGGAACGGCUCAUCACCCUGGGCUUCGGGAACAUAACAAUAGUUUUAGAUGACCACACGCCUCCAUGUAACUGCACACCCCCGACCCUCUGCUCUGCCAUCUCCCACGGGAUCUACUACCUCUACCCUUUCAACAUAGAAUAUCAGAUACUGGCCUCCACGAUGCUCUACGUCCUGUGGAAAAACAUCGGGCGCAAAGUUGACAGUCAUCAGCGUCAGAAGAUGCAGUUCAGGUCUCACGGGGUCAUGCUGGGCUCGGUACUGGGCCUGACCGCACUGGCUGCCACCAUUGGGGUCGUGGUGGUGUAUCUGAUUUGGAUCGGGCGUUCCAAAACCGGGAGCGAGUCAGCACUCAUCAUGUUCUACCUGUAUGCCAUCAUCUUGCUCGUACUCAUGGGGGCGGCAGGGCUGGCUGGGAUCCGGAUUUAUAGGCUAGAUGAGCAAUCACUAGACGAGUCCAAAAAUCCGGCCCGCAAACUGGACGCAGACCUGUUGGUGGGCACUGCCUCCGGCUCCUGGCUCAUCUCCUGGGGCUCCAUCCUGGCCAUCCUCUGUGCCGAGUCCUGCCCCCUGUACACCUGGUACAACCUGCCCUACUCCAUCCUGGUGGUUGUUGAGAAGUACAUCCAGAACCUCUUCAUCAUUGAGUCCAUUCACCGAGAGCCGGAGAAGCUCUCCAAGGACAUCAGAACCCUGCAGGUGGUCACAGUCUGCAAUGGCAAUGCCACAUCCCUCCCUUCUUCUUGCUUCGAGAGCAGACCUGCAGCCGGGGACAUGGCUCCCCAGGACAGCGAGAUGCCACAUGCGGCCAAUGGAAAUAUGUGUCUGAGAGAAGUUGGUAGCAAAGAGGAAGAGGAGAAGAGCUGGGAAGGGGCCCUGGGCCCAGCCUGCCACGCCCAUUUCCUGCAGGGCAAUGCCCAGAGAAGAGUCUUAAGGAAUAUUGCAGCCUUUUUGUUCCUCUGCAAUAUUUCGCUCUGGAUCCCUCCCGCCUUCGGCUGCCGCCCCGAGUAUGACAACGGAUUGGAGGAAAUUGUCUUUGGCUUUGAACCCUGGAUAAUAGUGGUCAACCUGGCCAUGCCUUUUUCUAUUUUCUACCGAAUGCACGCAGCUGCCUCCCUCUUUGAGGUCUAUUGUAAGAUAUAAUCUGUAUCCACAUCAAAGACUGAGGAGAGAGCUAACAAGAGAAUUCAGUGGAGCCACCUGGGAAAGGCGAGGUCAGGCAAAUAUUGCCUUACAAAUGUGAGAAGGGCUGCCUUUUGUCUGCGAUAAUUGUUUUUCCCAUGAGCUGGAAUUGCCCAUCACCCUGGAUGAGUGUAAACCAGUUAGAUCAAAAUCUGAGAUGGCUGAAGUCUGCCCUUGGUUAGUUAAUUCUAAUUGAACCUAAAUUAUUUGAUCUCCUUCGAAAUGAGAUCCUCUGUUUUAGAAUAAUGUGAUUUCAGGUUGGAAAAGAAUAUAUCCAGUUUGUUUUUCAUUAAAAUAUUUUCUGUUAUCAUGUUACUAUAUACAACCUUUUCCUGACCAUCUGCAUAGUCUAAUCACCUUUAAAUUUUAUCUUUCCCAGAGCUGAUGAAUGUAGCUAAAAUCACAUUGAGUUUAUAUUGUACUUUCUGAAUACGUUUCAUUUUUUGAACAAAGUUAUUUUUAUCGUCUGGAUGGAAAUUUGUGUAUAGAUCAAUAUAAAGACAUAUUUCUCACCUGAAAUUUUGAUAUAUUUUCAUUUGUAAAGUUUUUUUUAAUACAUUAGUAUCUUUCACUAUAAAUAUAUAUAUGCUUAUUUUAGAAAAUUAGGACAUUUCAGAAGAGUAGAGAGAAAAAUCCCCUAAGAUGCCAUUGUUCAAUUGACAGUCAUGUUUUUCUUCCAGUUUAAUUGAGAUGUAAUUGACAUAUAGCACUGUAUAAGUUUAAGGUGUACAUUAAUGAUUUGGCUUACAUCAUGAAAUGAUUAUCACAAUAAGCUUCGUGAACACUCGUCAUCUCAUAUAGAUGCAAAAUUAAAGAUAAGGAUCUUGACAGUCAGUUUUUAAACAUCUUGAUGUGUUUCUUUUAACUGUGUUGGACUCACAGGAUUCUUUUCAUUGUUGUUUUGUUAUACCUGCCAGAGAUGAUGAGACAUAUUCAAUUUUGUAUGCAGUUUCCCCUCAACAGUAUGGCACAAACCUUCCCACCCGCAUUGUUAUAAACUCUUUGUAAAUAUAAUUUUCAUACUAUAUUCUAUUCUAUUGAGUACCGUAAUUAACUUAGUUUCCUAUUGUUGGUUUUAGAGUGUUUAUAACUUUUUGUUUUUAUUAGUGACUCUGCAAAAAUCCACCAUAUAUGUAAAACAUUUUCUAUAUUUAGAAUUCCUUCUUAAGAUAUAUCCUUAAGGGCUUCCCUGGUGGCGCAGUGGUUGAGAGUCCGCCUGCUGAUGCCGGGGACGCGGAAGAUCCCACGUCCCGCAGAGCUGCUGGGCCCGUGAGCCAUGGCCGCUGAGCCUGCGCGUCCGGAGCCUGUGCUCCUCAAAGGGAGAGGCCACAACCGUGAGAGGCCCGCGUACCGCAAGGAAAAAAAAAAAAAAAGAUAUAUCCUUAAAAUCAGGAUGCCAUAUCCAAAGGUUAUAAAUAGUUUAAAGCCUCUGAAGGAAUAUUGACAUUUGGGAUGGCUUUGUAUAUGCUUUUUCUUAAUUCUUUUAAAAUCAUAAUAAAAUUAGUUAACUUAC